AAAAUCCCAAAAUCCUUCAAAACUAUCUUCUUCCCAAACACCAAAUAUUGAACCUAAACCCUUUAAUAAUAUUCCCAAUCUACCCUCAAAUCACAUACUAAUUUACAAUAGUGCCAUUCUGCACAAUUUUCAGGUUUCGAUGGAUUUGGCUGAAAAUCCGGAAGAGGUAAAAGAGAAGAGAAAGGAUAUUGGUGGGUCGACCCGGGUUCGCAGAUUAUUGGCGAUUCUUCUCUCUUUAUGUGCCGUGUUUUCGCUAUCAUUUUCGUUGCUUUAUUUUGCUGUGUUUCUUGGAAACCUAUCGAUUUCCAGUCCAAUAUCUCUUCCUUCUCAAUGCAAAAUUGUAUCUAGCAGUGUGGAUCUUAGGUCAUCUAAAGUCUGUGAACUGGGGUUGUUGAAUUAUAAGGCAAAGCAUGUUCUUUACCCUUCUGAAAGAAAAAAGUUCCGAUGCCAUUAUGAUUACUAUUGGGCUUCUGUAUUUAAGGUCGAAUACAUGGAUCAUUCAGGUCAGGCACGACUUGCACUGGCAGAGGCACCUAAUGAGGCCCUUCCAUCUGAUUGUAGACCAAACUUUUCUGGUGCAUGGUUGACAAAGGAUAAAUUCGAGGUAAACAAGACUUAUGAGUGUUGGUAUACAUUGGGAAUAUCUAAAGUGCACAUAUAUAAAGAUGGCUUUUUUGAUUGCCAAGCAAAAGAUCCAUCAACUAUUGAGAUGUUUAUUCGAUAUUUAAUCUUGUUCAUGAGGAUAUUAAAAUCUUGGUAUGUUAGUGGGAUUUCAUACUGGCACUGGAAAUGGGAAGCUGUAGCCGGAGUUAUUGCUGGUUUCUGUACUUCCAUCGUAUCAAUAAUUUUUUUUGGAAUGUUACGAAAGUUGUUUUCUUGCAUCUGUCAACUUUCCGUGGUGAGAAGGCUUACUCUGCCUCUCAAUAAAGUCCGUUUAAAGAGAGUUUGUUUCCUGCUAGCUUAUGUGUCAUUUACUAGUUGGUUGGCCGUUCAAUAUCUCAGACGGAUUGGCCUCCCUGAAAUUGCAGUUCACUAUAGCAUGUAGCACUCAUUUUUGUAGAAGUGCUAGAGCCGGUUGGCAGUUUUAGCGGAAAUGUGUAACUAUGUAAUAUCCUUGUACCAGUAGACACAGUUUUCACAGAGUGUUUCUACCAUAUGUUGUAUUCUAGUUCCUUGUGUACAGAACGAAAUGCAGGAAUAAAUACAAGUAAAAGUUUAUCCCCGAUCA